UUUGUAAGUCUGGAUUCGCUAGAGUCUGGAGAUACCCGAGCGAGUGCCUCAGCCAUUUUUUAGAGUUCCAUAGGUUCGCUCGACGGCUGGCAGGAGGCCCGACUUCAUUCAGCUCAGCUCUUGCUCUUGCUUAGUUUCCCCCUCUCUCCUCACCUCUUCUCUCUUCUACCUAUUAAACAUCGCCACCAUCAACAGCUUCUUCUCGUUUUCAUAUUUCCUCUCCCUUUUCUUCUCAUGCCGUGAUGCCACAUAAUCCAAACCGUCAUCGUCGACUCUCGCACACACUCCCUGAUCCCGUGUUCAGAGCCCCUCCACACUGCUAGAGCUCACUAGCCCGAUCUAUCUAAAAGCCGCCGUUGGACAGGGAUACCUUCGAAACGUCGUUAUCUCAGCCCUUUUUUUUUUAUUAGACCUGCCGAGUCCUCGUUCAGCAGGCCUGCGAGGUUCAUCUUCACCUUUGUCGCGGCACCGUCGCCGCUUCGAUCUCGACUUCGAUCUCGGCUGCCAUGGAUCCGUCGCAGCAGGACAACGCGCCGUCAGCGCAUCGCGGCAGCGUUUCCUCGGGCAUGAUGUCACCGACGGACACUCGAGCCAAUCCCCUGUCUAGGCAAACGUCCAUCGUCGACGACAACACUCAGUCGACAGACACCGUACGGCGGCGACCCGAGGGAUAUGGCACCAUCCAGGGGUCCCCGAGCAUGAGAAGCAGCCAGACACUGGGCGAGUCAUCCGUCGACCGCCCGCAGGCAGCGCGAAGCAGUCAGGCCGGCCGCUCCACGUCUGCUGCAGGUCCCGAGAGGAGUCAGUCCUAUUCUCGCCUACGGAAGCCGCCGCUGUCACGGCGCACAUCGGCCAAUACACCGCACAAGGGAGAAGUCUUCUCUGUAGACGACGACACGCACGAGGUCCAGGCAGACGCUGCCGAACGCCGCGCGGGCCUAUCGACGCGCCGACGCCCACCACCUCCAUCGGGGCUCGCCCGUAUACAGUCGUUCCGUAGCAGCGAGGACGACGAAGAAGCCGAACGAGACGAUGAGGCCAGCGAGGCUGAGGAGGAGCACGGUGAGCAGGAGGAGGAGCUGCCGCUGGAAGAGCACGUCGACUGCGACUCCGACGGCGAAAUCAGCGAGGCUGAAAGCUUCACGCUCAAAGACAGGCAGCAGGCCAUCAACCAGACGCACCCGUUUGGUAUUCGCGUUUGGAAGCCUGCAUUGUACAAGAAGGACAGAUCUAUUCAAAAGUUCGCCCAGGCAGAUAUUCACUCUACACCCGGCGGCAGGGUAAGCAACUGGCUGCUCCUCUUCAACCUGGUGUGGACCAUCUUCUUUGGCUGGUGGAUAGCCUGCUUUGCCGCCUUUGGCGCAAUCAUCUGCCUUUUAUUUGCUGCUGCGCCCAGCGGGAGAGAGUAUGGAAGAGUCUUAUGGGGCCUGGCGGGCUACCUGUUCUACCCAUUUGGCAAGUUUAUUCGACUCGAGAAGGAUGAGGCCUACUUGGACGAGGAUCAGGAUGAGGGCAGAAGCAUCUCCGAGUACGAGCAGUGGCAGAACGGCGAUCUCGAGUACGGCCGGCUAUUCUUUGGACCCGAUCGACACCGUUCCAUCAUCGGCCGCUCCAGGAGGAGCAUCGACUCGGAGCCCAGCGAGACGGAGAGCUUGCUGGGACGGGGGCGUCGCGGCGAGCCUGGUGAUUUGCACCCCCGGAUGAAGCGAAGGCUCUUUGGCCGCGGCGAGUGGAAUAUUGGCCGCAUCAUCUUCUUCGUCUUCUUCUACUGCCUCAUCUCGCCCUCGUUAAUCAUUGUGUCUGGCAUUUGCUGGUUCCUCGUCUUCUGGAUCCCCAUGGGAAAGGUCACCAUGCUACUCUUUGACCACCUCAGGCGGCACCCUCUCGCCCUGUCGUUUGAAUCCCAUAUCAGCUACGCGCGAGUCGACGACGCCCCAGACUCGUCCAUCUUGGUCUGCACCUAUCGAGCAGUCGGCUCAAAGUACUGGAAAUACACCAUUGACGGCACAAACAUCUUCUUGAUCAACCUCAUGGUCGUCGUCGUGUUUGUCAUUGCAGACUGGGCCAUCCUGGACCGAAUCCUACACGUAGAGAUUCUCCUCACAUCGCCCGCCUUCUUGUUUGUUGCGGGCUUACUCUCCAUCAUCCCGCUGGCAUACUUCAUCGGCCAGGCCGUGGCAUCCAUCUCAGCUCAGUCCUCCAUGGGCCUGGGCGCUGCCAUCAACGCCUUCUUUGCCACCGUUGUCGAAGUCUUCCUCUACUGCGUUGCGCUAAGCCAGGGCAAAGGCCAGCUCGUCGAGGGGAGCAUCGUGGGAAGCAUAUUUGCCGGUAUCCUGUUCUUGCCAGGCAUUUCCAUGUGCUUCGGCGCCCUGAAGCGAAAGACACAGCGAUUCAACGCCAAGUCGGCCGGCGUGACGUCCACAAUGCUGCUCUUUGCCGUUGUUGGCGCUUUUGGCCCAACGCUAUUCUAUCAAAUCUACGGUACCCAUGAGCUCAACUGCAUGGACUGCGAAGACUACGGCAAUGGCGGCCUCAACGGGGGUGCCGCACGCGAUUGCCGCCGGUGCUACUUCUCGCAGGCGCCGGCCCUUGACGACCGGUUCUAUAUCGAGGCCGUGCGGCCAUACUGUUAUUUUGCCGCCUUUAUGCUCUUCUUCGCAUACCUCGUCGGCCUAUGGUUCACCUUGCGCACCCACGCCGCCGUCAUCUGGAACGCCGAGGUGGAGGAGAAGAAACACGAGGAGUCGAUGCACGCGUCGACCACGCUUCGAGCACCGCACCAGCCAUCAACGGCCGAAGCCACCGGGUCCGACAAUAUACGCGAGACGCAUCUCUACAAGCGCAUUCUAGGCCAGUCUCUCAAGCAGGUCGGCCUACCGGACAGCUCCCGCCCGAGCUCCACGGCUGCCCAGGAUGCCGGUGGUGCCAACGGAUUGAACAGCACCCCUCACGUGGUGCCGCCCAGGGGUGGUACUGAUGAGGAGCAGCCUUUGCGCCCAACGAUCAAGGUUCCCGCCCUGAGCCAGGUGGACAACAACCUGGUACGAGAGGUUGCCGAGAUCGCUGCCACAGCCGCCACGAUUGCCUCCCGCGACCGAUAUACGAGUGCACACAAGCCGUCCAACAACGCCGGCCCAGCAACUCCGCGGCCGCACGGCGCCAGCCGAGCCAGCCACCACCCCGAUGUCGAGGAAGACGUCGCUACUGCGGGAGCUGCAACUGCUCACGCAGGGGGCCACGGCCACGACGCGCCCAACUGGAGCCGCACCAAGAGCACCGUGAUACUGCUGGGCGCCACCAUCCUGUACGCCAUUAUUGCCGAGAUUCUGGUCGACACUGUCGACGUCGUGCUCGAGAGCUUUUCCAUUGACCAAAAGUUUCUCGGGCUGACCCUCUUUGCCCUAGUCCCCAAUACUACCGAGUUCUUGAACGCCAUUUCGUUUGCCAUGAACGGAAACAUUGCACUAUCGAUGGAGAUUGGCUCCGCCUACGCCCUCCAGGUGUGCCUACUGCAAAUCCCGUGCCUCGUGCUCUUCUCCGCCGUGUUCCCAAACAUCCCUGCCGGGGGUGAUGCCGCCAUGUAUACCUUUUCGCUGCUGUUCCCGCAAUGGGACCUGGUGACGGUCAUCCUGUGUGUGUUUUUGCUCAGCUACGUGUACGGCGAGGGCAAGAGCAACUACUUCAAGGGCAGCAUCCUCAUGCUGACAUACCUUGUCGUGGUGAUUGGAUACUACUUCAGCGGCUACACCGAGGCGGCCAUGGGCUUGCAGCGGUUUGACGUGAUGGGGGCCGAUGGGAAGUAUCAGUCCUUCAAGACCAUUGGCAGGUCAGCAAGCGGGAGGGCGUUUCAAGUGAUUUGAGCGGCGUAAAGCCGACAGUGUGGAGAGCUGCAGCGAAGCAGCAUCUUCAUCUUGUUACUACUAUUACGAGUACUAGUUCGAUAAAUGUCCGCAAAGGUCCGAACAAGCUGCAUUCGUCGGUGACCUUUUUCGUCUGUUGUUUUGCUGUCUGUUGUUUUUUCCCCUCCGGCUUACUGUACUUGGGGGAGUGGGUGCUAUAUCUUGCAGUGUGGGUAUCUGCAUGCAUUUUUUCUUUCUGUGUCUGACUCUCCCCCUCUCUUCCUUAUUAUAUGCUUCCUCUUUCUUUCUUCGGAGGGGCAAUCUGCCAGGGGUCUUGUCUUGUUCCGCAGAGCCGGCAUGUGUGUUUUGAGCGGAUCGGGUAUUUUGCUGUGUGCUUUCUCGUUUGUCCUCUUUCCAUAUUUAGGUAUGGCAUGACUAGUUUCGAAAUCGUCUCACGGGGAUGGCAGGCUGCAUGGCAGUUUGCAUGUAUUUGUGUACUUUUUCCUCUUGUCUCUUUUGCUCUUUUCCUGUGUCCUGCUUCUCUUUGCUUGGCUUUGAAGGACAUGAAAGUCGACCAAAGUGUAUUUCAAAGAAAUGAAAAGUCUCAUAUGUACCUUU